UAGACAUUCAUCGUUCCCCUUCUUUCGAGAUUCAGCAAGCAAGAGAUAUACAAUGAGUCGCGCUCUUAGCAAAUAAAAAGUUGCGCUUUCACGAGCAAAUAUUAUUCGACGAUGUAGCGAUGCUUAUAUAAAGCAAUUUGUAUACGUGCGAAUAACAUGUGAUCGAUGAUAAUAUAAAAUGAAUGUAGUUUAAUAAAUACAAGAUAUUUGUUCGAUUUGUGCUAUUAUAAAGCGGAGCACUUGAGUAGUGUGCUUUCAUGUUUACAUGUUGCGCGCACGUCAAAUCGAUACGUCGUGUGCAUGUGCGACCGAGUUUAAUGAGUGAAUUAUGAAAUUUGUACAUGACGGAAAAGCUCGCACGUGGUUUAUAAUCCAUCGCGUUGUGCAAAUGUACUUUUUGUUUGGAAUUUAGAUACAUAGAGAACCUGUAAUAGCAAACUUGGAAAAUAUUGAAAGACGUCGAUAAAUAUAUAUUUAUCAAAGUAUAACUGAAGAAGUAUUAAAGUUGUUGCUGGAGAUACGUGUUGGAGGUGAAUAUAAUUCGAAACGAUUCAAAAGCUUCUAUGGGAUAUAAUAUUGCGAAUUGGGAAAUGAUACGCACGAGGGAGGAAUUGGUGGAGAAAUUAGGUCUGGACGGCGUGGAUGAUACUAAUACUUUGUUGAACAAUAUGGUAGACGUCAGAGCGUGCUACAAACCUAGCGGAAAAUCAUGGUUUCGUGGCGUUCGAAGCAGUAAAUUUCGCCACGUUUACGGUGUACCUGCUAAACGAGAAAAAUGUUACGACAAUAUCAAGAUCACGAAGAACGCCCACGACUCACAAUUUUGCGCUGUGAAUCCCAAAUUCCUUGCCAUUGUGACGGAAGUGGCGGGCGGCGGGGCAUUCUUGGUUUUGCCGCUUGAUCGCACUGGUAGGCUAGAUUUUAACGCCAGCAGAGUAACUGGACACACUGGACCGGUUCUGGACAUCAAAUGGAAUCCGUUCAACGAUAAUAUCAUCGCUUCCUGUUCCGACGAUUGUACUAUAAAAUUGUGGCACAUUCCUGACGGUGGAUUAUCACGAAAUCUCACCGAAUGGUUAGUGGAGCUGCAAGGACAUAAACGUCGUGUUGCAUACAUAGAAUGGCAUCCUGUUGCUGAGAAUGUGCUAUUCAGUGCUGGCUUUGAUCACCUUGUUAUCGUAUGGGAUAUAAAUAAAGGAGAGGCUGUCAAUAUAAUUGAUAGGCAUCCUGAUGUGAUCUACAGUAUAUCAUUAAAUCGUGAUGGUAGCUUAUUGGCGACAACAUGCAAGGAUAAAAAAUUAAGGGUUUUUGAGCCAAGAUCUGGUAUCGUAGUCUCUGAAGGGAUCUGUCAUGCUGGAACAAAAGCUAGUAAAGUGGUUUUCCUUGGUAGUUCUGGUCGUCUUCUUACGACAGGUUUCAGUCGACAUUCUGACAGGCAGUAUGCUAUCUGGAGUCAGCAUGAUUUGAAUAUACCAUUAACAUGCGAAACAAUUGAUUCUUCCAGUGGAGUAGUUUUUCCAUAUUAUGAUAACGAUACGAACAUGGUAUAUUUGGCAGGAAAGGGUGAUGGUAAUAUUCGAUAUUAUGAGAGUAACGAAGCACCUUGGAUGCAUUAUCUUAGUCAAUUCAUCUCUGGAAAUCCUCAACGAGGAUUAGGUGUAAUGCCAAAAAGAGGCGUUAAUACUGCUAUAUGCGAAGUAUUCAGAUUUUAUAAAUUACAUGCGACUCGAGGAAUGUGCGAGCCGAUAUCCAUGAUAGUUCCUCGAAAAAGCGAUCAAUUCCAAGAAGAUUUGUAUCCCGAUACUAUAGGUACUUGUCCAGCUUUAUCAGCUAGAGAUUGGAUAAGCGGGAUGAAUAAUCCACCAAUUUUAAUUUCUUUGAAAACCGGUGGUAGUAUUACCACGCACAAGCCACGAAUAUAUAAACCACCUCAACUUCCACCAACGACUGACUUGAAUAAUAAAAAGAAAUUCGCUUUCUUGUCUACCGAAACUGUACCAGAUUACAGGCCCAUCGAGUUUCACGAUAUGUCGGAGAAAAGUCAAAAGACAUCUAGUAAUCAAAGUACUAAAUUUCAGCAACUGCAACAAAAAUUCGGCAAUGUUGUAUUACAGAAAAAUAUCAUUUCUUCUCCACUGAAUGAUAAUAAGGUCUUAGAAAAUGUGGACAUUCCUAAUAAUGAAGCGGAAUUGAGAUUAGCAUUUGUUCGCCAAACCGAUGAAUUGAGAUUGGUACGAAGACAACUUGCAAACAGUCAGUUACGCGUUAAAGAAUUGGAGGAACAAAUUCGCAAACUUCAGCGUUAGUAAAUAUACAAUUUUUUCGAAAUAUAUAACGUAUGCGCCGAAUAAAAUUUUUUGUAGCUUUGUUGCUAAUUAUACAACAAACAUGGUACUUAACAAAGUGAUAAAACGAAUAUACGUGUAUUGUUUAUGGCAGUCUAAACGCCUACGCUUUUAACAAAAUUUACAUACACAUAAAAAAAAGAACAAAAAGAAAAAGAAGAAAAUAAAAGAUAUUUAAAGAUAAUCGAGAAACUUUAUGAACUGGAAAUGCUAGUUACAAUUAUAUAUGCUAUAAUAUAAUUAUAUAAUUCUCUCUAAUGUAUCUUAUGAAUGAUACAUGAUGCAUUUUAUAGAAUUUCGCAUUUUUCUAUAUCUUUGUUGUAUAUCUUUUUUCUUUGCAAUUUUUUACAUGGUUCAUCAUCACAUGGUUCAUAUAUCAUUGUUAGAAAAAAACGCAGCAAUGAAGCAACAAUAAUUUAGUCAAUUUUUUUUAAGAUACAUAAAUGCAGUACAUUGUUCUGCUCUAGAGAAACUGAACAAAAAGAUGAACAAAUAAUUGUGAUUUAUACUAUUGCCUUCACUAUACAAACGAGUUUUUGUCUAUAUAAAAUCUUAAUAUUUCUCCAAGAUGCAAUGUUUUAUCGAAUGACUUUUAAAUAUUUCAUGAUGAUAUGAAGUUCUCUUUUGGUUCUAUGAAGUUUAAUUUUUUUUAUUUGCAUAUAAAAAAUAUAAUGUAUAAAAUGUAUACAUAUUAUUGAUUGUGCAAACUGUCUUAUCUUUUUAGAAAAUAAUUUUUUAAAAUUAUAUUAUCAAAAAGAAGGAGAAAGAUUAACUUGAUAUAAAGACGCAAAACUUGAACGAAGUAUUAAAUGUUCAGUACAUAAAGAAUUGUACCUGUCUUGUGCAUAUGCACGUUUAUCGUAUGCGAUUCGUUUUAUAUAUAUAGAAUUGUCAUACAUAGAGUGAUAAAUAAAUGCAAAGAUAUUUAAGAGUUGCGAAGAGGAUAUUAUGAAUGUAAUAAAACGAUCAUUCGAAAAUAGCACAAGAUGCAAGAAUUAAUAAUGACUAAUAAUUAAAAUUAAAAUUUCUUUCUAAGA